UGUAGUGAAGAAAUUAACAAGUCUAGAUUCCGAAACUAAAAAUCUAUAAAUUGUUUUGGAUCAUCAAAUUUCAAUAAAUAGUAAUAUAAGGUUUGAAAAAGAGAAAGAAAAAAAAGAAGAGGAAUUCAGCAAUGGAACGAAAUCAUCGAUAUAAAGAAAAAAAUUCGCAUGGAUCCCAUUCUGAUUACCAUUAUUUAAUGGCAGAAAUGAAAGCUCAAAAUUUUGAUGUUAUUAAGUUUGCUACAUAUCGUACCGCUUCAAAGUUGAGAUUUAUUCAGAAAAAGACUAAUAUGCAUCUUCUUGAUAUCUGGAAUAUAAUUGAAGCCUUUCGAGAGAAUGGCUUAAAUGCAUUGGAUUCUCGAUUAGAACUGACUAUUCCAAGACUAGAAACAUUAGUGCAUUCAAUAUAUUUCCAGUUAAAUAAAAGACUGCCAGUUUCUCAACAAAUAGAUGUUGAAUAUAGCGCUACUGUUCUUGUAAAAUGGUUUCUGGCUACUUAUGAUCCAGAAGAAACUGGAACAGUAAGAGUAUUUUCCGUAAAAAUAGCUCUUGCUAUAAUUUGUGCUGGAAAAAUUACUGAUAAAUUAAGAUAUAUAUUUUCACUCAUAUCUGAUAUAAAUGGCAACAUGGUUUUCAGCAAAUUUGCUGAUUUUUUAAAGGAAGCGAUGGGGUUGCCAUGUUCUGUUUAUGAAUCUCCUUCAUUCUUUUUUACUGAUAGUUUACCUCGUACUAUUUUUGAUGGGCAAUCUACUAUUACAGUGAAUGAUUUUUUAGAUAUUCUUUUAUCUGAUCCUGGUCCUCAGUGUCUUAUGUGGUUCCCUCUAAUUCAUCGAAUGGCUAGUGUUGAAAAUGUGCUACAUACAGUGCAAUGUGAAGGUUGUAAUAAAGAAUCUUUUGUGGGAUUUCGAUAUAAAUGUCAAAGGUGUUAUAAUUAUCAAUUAUGCCAAGACUGCUUCUGGCGUUGCAGAGUGUCUGGUAAUCACACUAAUCAACAUGAAAUGAAAGAGUAUACCAGUUAUAAAACUCCAAGUAAACAACUUGGACAUUCCCUUAAAAAAUCAGUUCUUUGCAUUCCUGACAAGCCCACAAAUAUGGAAUCAUAUCAUCAAGAUGAAUUUGCACGAAAUACUAAAGCUCAUCAAGCACUAUCAGCCCCACCUGCCAAUGCUUACAAUAGCACAAUGGAUGCUUUUAACACCAGUUAUCAAACAAAAAGUGCCCUCAAAAGUUCUCAUGGAAAAUCGAACUAUGACCAUUACGCUAGAGAAGAUGAACACAUGUUGAUUUCAAAUUAUAGUAAUCGAUUGUAUGCUAACAGAAGGGGACGUUAUGCAUCCGAACUCAAUUUGCCUUCAGACACUGCAAGGCAGAGAGAACUCAUUUCCAAACUAGAAGCAAAGAAUAGAGAAAUUAUGAGAGAAAUAAUACGAUUAAGAAAACAACAAGAAGAAGAAGAUGAAGCUUUAAGAUCUGAUAGGAAACCAACACUUUUAACAGAAUUACGAGCCCUUCGAAUGAGAAAGCACGACUUAGAACGGCAUUUAUCGAGUUUGCAAGAAAGUAGAAGAGAUCUGGUCUUGCAACUAGAAGUGCUGAUGAGAAUGUUAAAGGACCAUUCUCCCUUAUCUUCACCCAAUAGUUCACCGCUUUAUCCUUUAUCUGUAUCACCUAUUCCUUUGUACCCGUUGUCUUCAAUGAGUGCUCCAGCAACUCCUGGAAGUGGGUGCCCAUAUACUGAUCCAUUAAUUGGACUUGGAGGUGAUGUGCGAUUAGCUUUUGGACAAGCUGCUAGUACUAGAAGUCUACAAAAUGACCUACUUGUUGCUGCAGAUUCAGUUACAAAUGCUAUGUCAUCACUUGUGAAGCAACUUAACAUUGGGUGCGAUGAUGAUGAAUUAGACUAUAGCGUCAGAAAUCCAUUCAUUGAUGGUAUGGAAUCUGAUAUUAAUGGUGCCUAUGAAAAUGACACAUGGCCUGGUGCAGUUAAUGGAAUAGACUACCAAAUUGGAUAUCCUAAUUCCUAUUUAUUGGAUUCUACUGAUAUAUACGAAGAUGAGAGUUCAUUGCCUAUGAAUGGUACUUAUCCUUCUCAUCCUGAUGGUAUAGAAUGGGAAGAUGACACAACUAGAUGGGUCAAUCGAUGAAUUCCAUUAGUCAAUAUUAAAAACAAAUAUGCAAUUAAACCAGAAAAAAUUAAUUAUACUGAAUGUGUUAAGGCUUGUUUCAAAUAUAAGGACAUUCCCAAGAUUGUUGGUUGCUUAUGAAUUUGUUGCUCUAUGAACUGGUUGUGUGGUAUUUAUUGUGCCAAAUGUCAAUUGAAUUAGCAUAUUUAAAAAUACUGAUUAUUUUUAUAACUUACAAUAAAUGCUUUUAUUAGCAUAGUUGUUACUUAAAUAUUUAAUGUUUCAAAUGUUUUUUAUUUUAGUUGCAAUCCUGCCAUAGAAAAUAAUUUGUUAAUUGUGACCUCAACUUAUGAAUUUAUUUUGAUAUAGCUGGUCCUGUAUGAAUGUAUGCACUUCAAGAAGGAUGAUUAUAAUCUAAAAAAUUACAACUUAUACGAAACCACUACUUUAGUUGAUUGAACACAUAUUAAGAGAAAAUAAACAUAAUUUUGACCAUCUUCAUAUGCCUCAGUAAUUUGCUUAGUAAAUCUUAUCCCUGAAAAAAUUUCAAAUUAGAAUGAAAGCUUAUAAUAUUGGAUUGUUCAUAAGUUGAGGUUUCAGUGCUAAAAUGAUUACUAUUGUUGUUGUAGAUAUCAUUUCUUAUCUAUUUAAAUGUAUAAAUUAAAUUUUACUACAGUUGUAAAAUAAAUUAAUAUUUAUAAUACAUAUAAAAUGUUGCUAAAUAAUAAUUUUACAAUGAAUUAGACUCAUAAAGGAAAUAUAUACACUGUGCAUUUAAUGUUGAUAUAUUCUUUAAUUUGUUGAUUUAAUGCCAUUAAAAACACAAAAGUUAGACAUGCACUUAUAUACUGCCUAUACAUUUUAAAAGGUCCUUACUGUUAGAUAUAAAUAGAUAGACGAAAUAUAAGGCUGUUGCAAUUGAAAUUAAAGUAUAAAAAAACUUUUUAAUAAAGAAAUGUAUAUAGUUCUUUCCGUCUAAUAAAAGCAUUGAAAUAUGUAAAUUAUUUUCAUGUUAAAAUAUGUUAAUAAUAUAGCUUAAUGUUACUGCAGUGUUAAUUUUAUUUAGGUUGUAAGUAAGAUUAUGAACAUUAAAAGAGCUAAUGAAUUUUAAGGUUUAAAUAGGAGUGUAAAAUUAAGAUACUAUCCUCAUACAACCAGCAAAGUUUGUAUAUAGUUAGUGCAGUCUGAUAACAAAAUUUUAGCAAGCAGUAAUAGAAUAUUUAUAUUAUAAUCAUUUACUUUUAUAUUUCUUAUUUGAUUUUAAGAACUUCUUUCUCUCCAUAAUAACCUAGUUUUGUUUAAACUAUCAGGGGUGAUAGUGAGCCCAAGUCAAAAUUCCGGAAAACUUUUUGAGUAAAAAGAAAGUUUAAAUUGAAAAAAAUUUAAACAAG